AUGGAACAUUCACCAGAGAAAAAAUCCAAAAUUUUAUUAUUGGGUUAUAGUUUCACAGAUCCAAAAGAUCAAUCCAAUAAAUUUCUUUUUAUUGACACUCCUGGGCUAAGUGAUGUUGAUGGUGCUAAACGAGAUAAAGAAAACAUUACAAAAAUAAUUAAAAUCGCCCUUGAUGCUCAGCAAUUGUCUGGCAUUGCAGUAGUCGCCAAUGGGACCGAAGAGAGAUUUACAUCUUCAAUUUUCUAG